AUGGCAACGAAGUGUUUGGUUUUCGGCACACGAUGUGUUGCCAAGAGUGACCACAGCCAGCCCAAAACUGGUGAACUGGCCUAUCGCAAAGGAGACAUCCUCACUAUUAUGAGAACAGGAAUGGGGAAAGAACAUUACAAGGCCAGACACAACACCACAGGAGAGGAAGGACUCAUCUCUGCCACCAACAUGCGAGAGCGAGAGGCCAUUCGUGUCGACCCCAGUCUCAGUCUCAUGCCCUGGUUCCAUGGGAAGAUCUCAGGUCCGGAGGCGGUGUCCAAGCUGCGGCCUGUAGAGGAUGGCCUGUUCCUGGUGCGGGAGUCCAUCCGCCACCCUGGUGAUUAUGUGCUCUGUGUCGGCUACUCCAGCCAGGUCAUCCACUACCGAGUCAUGUACCAGCACAGCAAACUGACCAUCGACAACACCCAGUACUUCUACAACCUCAUAGACAUGAUAGAGUUCCACUCCAAGCACAAGGGAGCUAUUGCCACCAAACUUCUGAAGCCCAAAGAUAAGGAGGGCACCAAGUCAGCUGAGUUGGAACUGUCUAAAACGGGAUGGCUGCUGGACAUCAGGAAGCUGACCUUGGGAGAGAGUAUCGGAGAGGGGGAGUUUGGAGCGGUGUUUGAAGGAGACUACAUUGGCCAGAAGGUGGCAGUAAAGAACAUCAAAUGUGAUGUAACGGCACAGGCAUUCUUAGAAGAGACCACUGUUAUGACGAAACUGCAGCAUAAGAACCUGGUGCGGUUGUUGGGGGUGAUCGUAGACAAUGGACUGCACAUCGUCACAGAGCUCAUGGCCAAGGGUAAUCUGGUGAACUUCCUCCGGACGAGGGGCCGUUUUGUCAUUAGCACUGGCCAGCUUCUACGCUUUGCACUAGAUGUGUGCGAGGGCAUGGAGUACCUGAAGUCUAAGAGGUUGGUUCACAGAGACCUAGCUGCCCGUAACAUCCUGGUCUCCAACGAAGGCGUGGCCAAAGUCAGUGACUUUGGGUUGACCAAGGUGGACUGCAAGGCCUCGGACAACGCUAAACUACCAGUCAAAUGGACAGCCCCUGAGGCCCUGAAGAAAGAGAAAUUCUCCAUGCGGUCAGACGUAUGGAGCUAUGGUGUUCUCCUCUGGGAGACGUUCUCCUACGGUCGACAGCCCUACCCCAAGAUGUCUGUGAAGGAGGUGAAGGAGCGGGUGGAGCAGGGUUACCGUAUGGAUGCUCCAGAGGAGUGCCCCCCCAGUGUCUACGCCCUGAUGAGGGGCUGCUGGGAGGCCGAGCCCAAGAAAAGGCCCUCCUUUCAUAAACUACUGGAGAAGAUAGAGAGAGAGCUGACCAAACACAGCCCUGGGCCUGCCUGCUGAGGUCACCUCAAUAAUCCUAUUCAACUAACUAUUGUGCUUUGUUCAGAGCUGCCUGGGGAUGGACAGUAACCCGGGACAGGUGAGCCUGAACCCACAGAAGGCUGGUCAGGGUUGGAUCUAAUGGUAGUGACUCAUAAAGAGGCUGAACAUUGGCUGAUUUUGCGAAGGGGACAUGCAGCAUAUAUCUUUCUUAGAUCAUCAAUGAGCCUUUAUACACACUCACUAUGACUCCAUACGAGAGGUCGACCGAUUAUGAUUUUUCAACGCCGAUACCGAUUAUUGGAGGACCAAAACCCCGGUGCCGAUUAAUCGGACGAUUUGUAUUUAUUUAUUUGUAAUAAUGACAAUUACAACAAUACUGAAUGAACACUUAUUUUAACUUAAUAUAGCCUCAAUAAAUAAUGAAACAUGUUCAAUUUGGUUUAAAUAAUGCAAAAACAAAGUGUAGGAGAACAAAGUAAAAGUGCAAUAUGUGCUAUGUAAGAAAGCAAACGUUUCAGUUCCUUGCUCAGAACAUGAGAACAUAUGAAAGCUGGUGGUUCCUUUUAGCAUGAGUCUUCAAUAUUCCCCAAGUAAGAAGUUUUAGGUUGUAGUUAUUAUAGGAAUUAUAGGACUAUUUCCCUCUAUACCAUUUAUAUUUCAUUAACCUUUGACUAUUGGAUGUUCUUAUUGGCACUUUAGUAUAACAGUAUAGCUGCCAGUGUAACAGUAUAGCUUCUGUCCCUCUCCUCGCUCCUCCCUACGCUCGAACCAGCAACACAACGACAACAGCUACCAUCGAAGCAGCGUUACCCAUGCAGAGCAUGCUCAGACUGAGUGACGUUUGAAACGCUAUUAGCGCGUGCUAACUAGCGAGCCAUUUCACUUCGGUUACACCAGCCUCAUCUCGGGAGUUGAUAGGCUUGAAGUCAUAAACAGCACAAUGCUUGACGCACAACGAAGAGCUGCUGGCAAAACGCACAAAAGUGCAGUUUGAAUUAAUGUUUACCGCCUGCUUCUGCCUACCACCGCUCAGUCAGAUACUUAGAUACUUGCAUGCUCAGUCAGAUUAUAUGCAAUGCAGGACAUGCUAAAUAAUAUCUAGUAAUAUCAUCAACCAUGUGUAGUUAACUAGUGAUUAUGAUUGAUUGUUUUUUGUAAGAUAAGUUUAAUGCUAGCUAGCAACUUACCUUGGCUUACUGCAUUCGCGUAACAGGCAGUCUCCUUGUGGAGUGCAACGAGAGAGGCAGGUCGUUAUUGCGUUGGACUAGUUAACUGUAAGGUUGCAAGAUUGGAUCCCCCGAGCUGACAAGUUGAAAAUCUGUCAUUCUGCCCCUGAACGACGCAGUUAACCCACCGUUCCUAGGCAGUCAUUGAAAAUAAGAAUUAACUGACUUGCCUUGUUAAAUAGAGGUUUAAAAAAUAUAUUUUAAAAAUCGUCAAAUCGGCGCCCAAAAAUACAGAUUUCCGAUUGUUAUGAAAACUUGAAAUCGGCCCUAAUUAAUCGGCCCGACCUCUACUCCAUACUAUAAACAGAAGUGAAAUGUGGACAUGGGUUUCUCUAUGGCAGAAUCACUGUCUAAAGAAAUCAUCUUUGCAACAAAUAAACUCCAGCCAUCAGAACCUAACUGUACAAAAACAAAACUAUGUGGUGCCUUCAGAAAGUGUUCAUACCUUGACUAUAUUUCGUUAAGCCUGAAUUAAAAAUGGAUUAAAUAAAUACAAUAUCUCCCAUCUACACUCUACCCCAUAAUGACAAAGUGAAAACAUGUUUUUAGACAUUUUUGCAAUUGUAUUGAAAAUUAAGUACAGAAUUACGGUAAGCUCCAAAAGUAUUGGGACAAUGACACAGGUUCUGUUAUUUUGGCUCUGUACUCCAGCAUUUUGGAUUUGAAAGGAUACAAUGACUAUGAGGUUAAAGUGCAGACUGUCAGCUUUAAUAUGAGGGUAUUGUCAUCCAUAUUGGGUGAACUGUUUAGAAAUUACAGCACUUUUUGUACAUAGUCCACCAUUUUAGGGGUCCAAAGGUUUUGGGACAAAUUCACCAUGAUUACAGAUAAUCCUGAAUAAAUCGUGAAUAAUGAUGAGUGAGAAAGUUACAGAGGCAUAAGUAUAAUCCGUAAUCAUGGUAGCAUCCAUAUUAAUGUAGAAGUGUUUAGAAACAUUAUAUUCUUAUGUACAAUAAAACUGACUCCGAAAUGGCACAAUACAUUAUUUACCAUUUAUUUCUAUUGGGCACAAAAUAAUCGGAAACACAACUAAAACAAACAUCAAAUGCAUCCAACAAGUGUGUACAGUCACAAGCUUAAUGAAGUCAUUGUGUGCUAGGAAUAUGGGACCAAAUACUUAACUUUUUACUACUUUAAUACACAUAUAAGUGAAUUUGUUUACACUUGUUGUAUUCGGCGCAUGUGACAAAUACAAUUUCAAUUGACAUUUAGAGCCCAUUGUAUCUAAUUUACAUAAGUAUUCACACCCCUAAGUUAAUACAUGUUACAAUCACCUUUGGCUGCAAUUACAAUUGUGAGUCUUUCUGGGUAAGUCUCUAAGACCUUUGCACACCUGGAUUGAACAAUCUUUACACAUGAUUCUUUUUCAAAUUCUUCAAACUCUGUCAAGUUUGUUGUUGAUCAUUGCUAGACAGCUAUUUUUAAGUCUUGCCAUAGAUUUUGAACUCGGUCACUCAGGGACGUUCAAUGUCAUCGUGGAAAGCAACUCGAGUCUAUAUUUGGCCUUGUGUUUUAGGUUAUUGUUCUGCUGAAAGGUGAAUUUGUCUUUCAGUAUCUGUUGGAAAGCAGACUGAACCAGGUUUUCCUGUAGGAUUUUGCCUGUUCUUAGCUUUAUUCCUUUUAUGUUUUAUCCUAAAAAACAGGGCGGCAGGUAGCCUAGUGGUUAGAGCGUUGGGCCAGUAACCGAAAGGUUGCUGGAUCGAAUCCUCGAGCUGACAAGGUAAAAAUCUGUCGUUCUGCCUCUGAGCAAGGCAGUUAACCCACUGUUCCCCAGGCGCCGAAGACGUGGAUGUCGAUUAAGGCAGCCCCCGCACCUCUGAUACAGAGUGGUUGGGUUGAACGCGGACGACACAUUUCAGUUGAAUACAUUCAGUUGUACAACUUCCCCUUUUGCAAUAUUUUUAUUCUGUACAGGCUUCCUUCUUUUCACUGUCAUUAUGGAGUCACUACUAAUGUUGUUGAUCCAUCCUCAAUUUUCUCCUAUUACAGCCAUUAAACUCUGCAACUGUUUUAAAGUCACCAUUGUCCUGAUGCGCGGUUUCUUUCCUCUCCAGCAACUGAGUUAGGAAGGACGUCUGUAUCUUUGUAGUGGCUGGGUGUAUUGAUACACCAUCCAAAGUGUAGUUAAUAGCUUGAUCAUGCUCAAAGUGAUUCAAUGUUCAAUGCUUUUUCAGUGUUCCCACUUAUCUGAAUUGUCCUUGUUUGACUAUCCUUGUGAGGACUUCUGGUCUCCACAAGGAUAGUAAUACCAAAAACACACAGACACCCUCUAAAUGGCUACAGUAUAUAUUCAAGCAUCUUGAUUUUCUUAAAGAAAAAGCUUAGGGUGGUAGGUAGUUUAGCGGUUAAGAGCGUUGGGCCAGUAACCGAAAGGUUGAGCCGGCAAGGUGGAGAAAUCGGCCGUUCUGCCGCCGAUGGCGUAGAUUAAGGCAACUUCCAUCGCAUCUCGGAUUCUGAGGGGUUGGGUUAAACGCGGAAGACACAUUUCGGUUGAAUACAUUCAGUUGUACAACUUCCCCUUUUGGAAUAUUUUUUAUUCUGUACAGGCUUCCUUCUUUUCACUGUCAUUAUGCAGCUGACUAAAUAUCCCUUUCUCCGUAGAGCUUUUAUAUCAAAAUCGUUUAAUGUAUGUUGAAUUUGUGCGAUGAAUGAUGCAGGAUAUUAUAUUAAGUCACAACCUGUUUUUGAUUUUUUUAAUGGAAUGAACUUCUGUAAGUAAGAGUCCUUACACUUAUUUCUAUUUGUGGUAAUAGGGGGAGCCACUCAGCGCGACAUAUCUCCACACCCCUAUUCGGUUUCCUGUGUGACAUAUUUGUUAUUUUGUUAUUUUUCUUUCAUCGAGAAGGACAGAGAGAAAAUGAGAGAGAGAUGGAAAGAGGAAAAAUGCUCAAUGCUUAUUAAAUCCCAGAUCACCCACAUCUGCUUGUUUUGGACCGUAAUUGUCCAGCAAUAUGCCCUGUGACUCAGAGCUUAAUACAUUAAAUAUUGAAUGCUAUUGCUGAUAUUAGUAAGGAAUUACAAAGCUGACCUCAGUUUGAUAGGCUCUGAGGAGUUGCACGUUAUUGGAAGUGAAUAUACUCUUAUUUUUAAUUUUUUGUUCAUUUGCCAUGAAUUUAGUAGGCCUAUACCCCAUAAAACCAGACCUCAGUCAGACAGAGUAACUCAUCAGGUGUUUGUCUUUCUGGCUGUCUGUCCAUCCGUACAGAUUGAGUCAUGAUCCGCUCCCAUCACAUCCCCAUAGAGCCUGUGGUGUGGAUUUGUUUUGUUUCUCUAAAGUGUUUAUUUCUUCAAAUAUUUAAAAUCAUCCAAAUUAAUGUCAAAAAAAUAGAAAAGGAACAUUUAGAACACAUAAUAUUUAUGUGGCAUUUUACUUUUUUUGUUGGUAUUGAAGAAGGAAUUGUUUGAAUGUUGGUAAAUCUGUCGGUAAAUUUUGGAGAAUCCCGACAGAGUAUUGGCCACUCCUGGUACAGUAGAGGUGAAAUUUCUUAAACACUUUCAUUAAACUGGAUCACAUUUACAUGCACUCAUGUUCUUGCCAACUCACUGUCAUUGUCUGUUUUGGGUUACAGUAGAACAACAAUGAGUGGGAAUUUGUUUACAUGUGGUCUGACAGACAUAUCUCAAUGUUUUAUGCACCUAAGGUGACAAUAUUACUUAUGUCACUAUAAUAACACUGGCUCUAACAAUAAGACAAGAGAAGUCUGGUGCUAGAGAGGAGGUCAGAGUGGAAGCGGGUUGUUUUAUUUUUUUAUUUUGAGUUAGUGUUUUAAUCACGUAAUGGUUGAAUGCCACUGUUUUUACAUACUAAUGAGACCAUGUUGGCGUUUGACUUGUAGUCAACUGGAUAAUUGAAGAGUGAUGUUGGCCAAGCCUUUCUUGGACUGACCCAUUGACAAAAGUGGCCAACGCUGAGCUUAACUGAAGGGUGAUUUACCGAAAGGUUGCUGGUGCGAAUACCCGAGUAGACGAGGUUAAAAUCUGUUGAUGUCACAUCAAAGCACUUAACACUAAUUUGCUCCAUUGUUGUUUAUUGCCUUUCUGAAGUUCCUUGGGAAAUAGAGAUCAUGUUGGCCAAUCCCGUUUUUGAAUUCUAGUUGACUGGGCUAGAUCAUGUUGACCACACAUGGGCUGGAACUGGUAGAGGGGGCGAUAAGUAGUGUUGGGCCAACAUGGAGAAAAUCCCCUGGAUGUCUACUAUGCCUGGGCUGAGCUGCCAGCAUAGUUCUGGAAGCAGUAGGCCACAACCAGAAGGGCAUUGGUAUCAUUAUUGACUACUAAUUAAGCAGGCAUAGUUAUCAGCCUCCUAUAGUCCAGGCUCUUUAAGCUACUCUGAAAUCUGUCUGCAACAAGGCACUAAAGUAAUACUUCAAAUAAUAUGUCAAAGCAUUAAUUUGUCCUGAAUUCAAAGUGUUAUGUUUGGGGCAAAUCCAAAUAUAACCCAUUGCUGAGUACCACUCUCCAUAUUUUAAAGCAUAGUGGAGGCUGAAUCAUGUUAUGGGUAUGCUUGUAAUCGUUAAGGGCUGGGGAAUUUUUCAGGAUAAAAAAAUUAACAGAAUGGAUCUAAUCACAGGAAAAAUACCUAGAGAAAAACCUGGUCCAGUCUGCUUUCCACCAGACACUGGGGGAUGAUAAAUUAACCUAAAACACAAGGCCAAAUCUACACUGAAGUUGCUUACCAAGAAGACAAUGAAUGUUCCUGAGAGGCUGAGUUACAGUUUUGACUUAAAUGUACUUGAAAAUCUAUGGCAAGACUUGAAAAUUAUUGUCUAACAAUGAUCAACAACCAAUUUGACAAAUCUUGAAGAACUUGGUAAAGAAAAUGGGAAAAUGUUACACAAUUCAGGUGUGGAAAGCUCUUCGAGACAUACCCAGAAAGACUCACAGCUGUAAUUGCUGCCAAAGAUGCUUCUGCAAAGUAUUGACUCAGGGGUGUGAAUACAGUGGCUUCAGAAAGUUUUCAUACCCAUUGACUUAUUCCACAUUUUGUUGGCUUACAGCCUGGAUUCAAAAUGGAUUAAAUAGAUUUUCUCUCAUCCAUCCACACAAAAUACCACAAAGUGAAAUCAUGUUUUAUUUAUUUUUGCAUAUUUAUUGAAAAUAAAAUACAUAAAUAUCUAAUUUACAUAUGUAUUCACACCUGAGUCACUGGUUCAAAUGUUCACAUCCUUAAGGUCGCUGGUUCAAAUAUCUGAGCUGACAAGGUGGAAAAUCUAUCGAUGUGCCCUUGAGCAAGGCACUUAACCCUAAUUUGCCGUAGGGGCGCCAUACUACGAUGCCUGACCCUUGUAAAACAACACAUUUCACUGCACCUAUCCGGUGUAUGUGACAAUAAAACAUAGUUUCCAGGCUUACAGUUAAAAUGGAGACUGCUCUUUUGACAUUUUCUAAGCUGCUCUGAAAUAUUUUUGAUCCCCUCCCCAUGCUCUGUUGGAUCAAACUGAAAGAGAUACUGGGGUGAGUUCUGAGUGUAUAGCUUUAGAAAGGUAAUGUGAUAUUGUAAUUUUAACAAGUUCCCAUAAAUGCUAGUAUUACUUACUUAGCCACUCAUCCUGUGUUUCUUUCUUUUUUUUAAGGGGUGGAUCAGCUUAAUAUUGUGGAAAGAAUGUUGCUUCCAUCAAUGUAAUUGUCUGCUAUAAACAACGAGUGCAGACACAGGCAACUACACAAACAAUAACCCACAAAAUACCCAAUGAAUAUGGCUACCUAAAUAUGGUCCCCAAUCAAAGACAACGAUAAACAGCUGCCUCUGAUUGAGAACCAAUCUAGGCAACCAUAGACAUAAACACCUACACUAGUAAAAACCCAUAAACAUACAAAAAACCCUAGACAAUACAAAAACUACACAAACCACACUUGUCACACCCUGACUUAACCAAAUAAUAAAGAACACAAAGAUAACUAAGGUCAGGGCGUGACAGUACCCCCCCGAAAGGUGCGGACUCCCGGUCGCAAACCUAAACCUAUAUGGGAGGGUCUGGGUGGACAUCUAACCUUGGUGGCCGCUUUGGUUCUGGACGCCGCCCCCCCUUUACUCAGAGUCCGCUUUUGUAUCACUGACCUGUGGAUCAUCAUCGUCAGAGGCUCUGGUCUGCGAAUCCUCGCCGUUAUCCCUGGACUGGGGACCCUCGCUGUGUGGAUCAUCGCUGGAGACCCCGGACUGGGGACCCUCGCUGGAGACCCCAGACUGGGGACCCUCGCUGUGUGGAUCAUCGCUGGAGACCCCGGACUGGGGACCCUCGCUGGAGACCCCGGACUGGGGACCGUCGCUGGA